AUCGCUGCGGGCACCCGAAUCUCCGCCCUCCCCGGGAUCGGGAUGGGGAUGGGGCCGGGGCCGGGCCACCCGCCAAUCAGGGACCAGCACGGGUUUCCAUGGAGACUGGAAGAUGGCCUUGGCGCUUCCUUCUCCCCAUCUGGUGCAUCCGAGCCUCUGAUGUGACGUCACCCCCUAGGCUCCCCCUCCCCGUUGAAGGGGGCCUUGCACCGCCCUGGGGUUUCACAAUGUCUUCCCAGGAGGGAAGAAGAGUAGUGCCAGCUGUCCCAAAAGGAACUGGUUUCUGGCAUUCUCCAGGGACAACUCAUUAUGGCCAAGAAACAAAAGAGCUGCUGAAAGUGAUGAUGAAGGAAUCCAGACUUACCAAUUUCCAGCAACGCCACCUCAUGAACUGCAUGAAACGAGGUGUUUCCCUGCCCACUCACUGCAACCCAACAUCCAGCAAAGAACCACAGCUUGCACAGCCUGCAUCCUCUCCACCAAAGCCUUGUCUUUCAGUCACUCUGUUGGCCAGACCUCACCUCCGACCUGCCGAGAUCUGCCGGGCAGGCGAUGCCUACACCCGAGAGAAAUUCAAACCCCGGGCCACUCGCGACUUAGAGAGGGAGAAGCAAAGGCUCCAAAAUAUCCUAGCGACUGGAAAGGAUGUGGUGGAACAGAAGCCACAGCAGAAGCCAGUGCAGACAGAGGAAGAGGAAAUACCUGAACCUGACCGGUUUGAAGAACUGGUGAUUGAAAUUCAGGAGAGAAAGGAAUUCCUGGCAGAGAUGGAGGCUCUGGGCCAGAGCAAGCAGUAUCGAGGGAUCAUCCUCACUGAAAUCUCACAGAAACUGCGGGAGAUGGAGAUCAUCGAUAAGAAGAGGAGUAAGGACGUGAGAGAGGCAAUGGCAAAAAUCCUCCCUGUAGGGAACAAAUCUGAUCCCAAUAGCUAGACCAAGACCAGACACCAGAGCAGACCAUUCCCACCCCUUCUUUCCUUGCCCUUCCAACAGGACUGGGCCUCCACCAUAGAAGGAUCACAGAACUGGUCUAUGCCUAUCCAUCUAAGGCAGAUCCUCUUGGAGGAAUGUCAGUAGCACCUGUUGCAUAAACCCAAGAGGGCAGUAACUAUUUAUGCAUAGUACAUAACAGGAGAAAGUAUUUGCAAAAUCCUACCUUGCUCUCUAUAAAUAUAUCAGAGGGAUAAAUACAGGAGAGGGAGAGGAAUUAUUUCAGCUCAGCACCAAUGUGGACACAAGAACAAAUGGGUAUAAACUGGC